AUGUCAUCGCGUUACGAGGAGGCUAAAAAUGCUUCCAAAACAGACCCCGACAGAGCAACAGUCUUGUAUAAACAGAUACUAUCGGAGAACCCGGGGAUGAAUGAAGCUGCGUUGAAGGAAUAUGAGCUUGCUUUGAUGGAUCUUGGUGGUAUCUAUCGAGAUAGAAGGCAGACGCAAGAACUUGCCGAACUAAUUACCACGAGUCGAUCCGUGAUGACAUCCUUUGCAAAGGCAAAGACCGCGAAAAUCGUCCGUCAGUUAGUUGACCUCUUCACCACCAUCCCUGAUACGGUUGACCUUCAGAUCAGUGUCACAAAGUCAUGUGUGCAAUGGGCUAUAUCCGAACGCAGGUCAUUCCUCCGACAGAACCUUGAAACCCGACUUGUUGCUCUUUAUCUCCAAAAGCAAUCGUAUCAUGAAGCUCUCACCUUAAUCAACUCGCUCCUCAAAGAGCUCAAGAGAUUGGAUGAUAAGAUGGUUCUAGUGGAAGUCCAACUGCUGGAGUCUCGGGUCUAUCAUGCCCUCCGAAACAUCCCAAAAGCUAGAGCAUCAUUAACCUCAGCUAGGACAUCAGCGAACUCCGUAUACUGCCCACCAUUGAUGCAGGCGAACUUGGAUAUGCAAUCCGGUAUUCUCCAUUCCGAGGAGAAGGAUUUCAAAACCGCAUUUUCAUACUUUAUUGAAGCUCUUGAGGGAUAUGCAUCGCAGGAUGAUACAGAUAAGGCAGUGGCAGCAUUAAAAUAUAUGUUGCUGUGCAAGAUCAUGCUUAACUUGGCGGAUGAUGUCCAUUCCAUCAUCACAGGGAAAGUCGCGCAACGCUACGCAGGAAAGGAUGUGGAUGCCAUGAAAGCCGUCGCAAAGGCCCACUCAAACAGAUCUCUCGCUGAAUUCCAGCAAUCCUUGAUGGAAUUUCAAGACCAACUCAUCGCCGACAGCUUUAUCAAAUCCCAUCUCCAGGCCCUCUACAACACGUUGCUUGAGCAGAACCUAUGCCGGGUUAUCGAGCCGUUCUCAAGGGUUGAAAUAGCCCACAUUGCCAAGCUAGUCGGGGAUAUGAGCCCCGCCAAGGUCGAAGAUAAGCUCUCACAAAUGAUACUAGAUAAGGUUAUCAAUGGGGUUAUUGACCGUGGAAGCCAGUGCCUUAUCAUCUACGAGGAGACACAGAAGGAUAAAGGGUUUGAGGCUGCCAUUGAGACGAUCAAGAAGCUAAGCACCGUUGUGGACGUGCUGUAUACAAAUCAAGCCUCUCAGUUGGACUAG